AUGGACAACUCUGACAAUUUUGUUGGGGUUGAUUUGAACAAUGUUCAUUACACUAAGUCAUCUGAUGCUGAAUAUAGUUGUGAUGAAGAUGUUAAUGAUGUUGUAUCUAGUGGACAUCAAACUUCAAAUGAUGAAGAUGAUUCUGAUAAUGACGAUGAUGGGGAAUCGGUUGGAGCAGAGUGCUCAAAUAUCCAAGUUGUUGUAGGCGAUAAAUUGGUGAGUAUUGAUUCCAUUACUUCAGAUGAAAUUCGUGCUAUGGAGUUUGGAACUAUGAGUGAAGCUUAUGACUUUUAUUAUUGGUAUGGAAAAUGUACAGGUUUUGCCAUUAGAAAAAGCGAUGUUAGGCGAAGAGGGCCCGAAGUUGGUGAAAUAGUAAUGAGACAAUAUGUAUGCAUCAAACAUGGAUUAAGAGACAAGAAACACUUAGCUAGGAUAGAUAAGAAAAGAGAUCACAAAUGUUUGACCCGUAAUAAAUGUGCAGUUAGGCUUCGUGUGCACUACAAAGCCAAAAAGGAUAGAUAUGCAGUAUCAGUUUUUGAAGAGGGUCAUAACCAUGAAUUAACCCCACUAGGUUUGUGCGCUUUGUAG